GUAAACUUCCUACAGCCUUUCGUUUCACACAUUCGCUGGCAUUUGCAAAUCAGGAACAUUCUAGAAUUGUAAUUUUUUCCCCUUAUAAAUGCUCGCUCUUUCUCACACUACCAAUAACUCAUUAUUCUUUCCAAAUUUUCGGAAACCCUAUUUCCAAAACCCAUUCCUCUCAUUCUUUCUCUAGAUUCCUUCUCUUAAAUCAAGUCUAUAAUGGCUGGUAAAGGUGAAGGUCCAGCGAUCGGUAUCGAUCUUGGUACUACAUACUCUUGUGUAGGAGUAUGGCAACACGAUCGUGUCGAGAUCAUUGCUAAUGACCAGGGUAACAGGACGACGCCGUCUUACGUUGCUUUUACCGACUCCGAAAGGUUGAUCGGUGAUGCAGCUAAGAAUCAAGUCGCUAUGAACCCUAUUAACACCGUUUUUGAUGCCAAGCGGUUGAUUGGAAGGAGAUUCAGUGAUUCCUCUGUUCAGGGUGACAUGAAACAUUGGCCGUUUAAGGUUGUUUCAGGUCCUGGUGACAAGCCCAUGAUUGUUGUCAACUACAAGGGUGAGGAGAAGCAGUUUGCUGCUGAGGAAAUCUCCUCCAUGGUUCUUACCAAGAUGAAGGAGAUUGCCGAGGCUUACCUUGGUUCAACUGUGAAGAAUGCUGUUGUCACUGUUCCAGCAUACUUCAAUGAUUCUCAGCGUCAGGCUACCAAGGAUGCUGGAGUCAUCUCUGGCUUGAAUGUUAUGCGUAUCAUCAAUGAGCCCACUGCUGCUGCUAUUGCUUAUGGUCUUGACAAGAAGGCCACAAGUGUCGGUGAAAAGAAUGUUCUUAUCUUUGACCUUGGUGGUGGAACUUUUGAUGUUUCUCUCCUUACCAUUGAGGAGGGUAUCUUUGAAGUGAAGGCCACCGCUGGAGACACACAUCUUGGUGGUGAGGACUUUGACAACAGAAUGGUCAACCACUUUGUCCAGGAAUUCAAGAGGAAGCACAAGAAGGAUAUUAGUGGUAACCCUAGGGCUCUUAGGAGGUUGAGGACAGCUUGUGAGAGGGCAAAGAGAACCCUUUCAUCCACUGCUCAAACCACAAUUGAAAUUGAUUCUCUUUACGAAGGAGUUGAUUUCUACACAACAAUUACUCGUGCUCGUUUUGAGGAAUUGAACAUGGAUUUGUUCAGAAAGUGUAUGGAGCCAGUUGAGAAGUGUUUGAGAGAUGCCAAGAUGGACAAGAGCUCUGUCCAUGAUGUCGUUCUUGUUGGUGGAUCCACUAGAAUUCCCAAGGUUCAACAGUUGUUGCAAGAUUUCUUCAAUGGUAAGGAGCUUUGCAAAAGUAUCAACCCGGAUGAGGCUGUUGCUUAUGGUGCCGCUGUCCAAGCCGCUAUCUUGAGUGGUGAAGGAAACGAAAAGGUCCAAGACCUCUUGCUUCUUGAUGUCACUCCUCUCUCUCUUGGUCUUGAGACUGCAGGUGGUGUUAUGACUGUCCUUAUCCCUAGGAACACCACUAUCCCUACCAAGAAGGAGCAGGUCUUCUCAACUUACUCUGACAACCAGCCUGGUGUGUUGAUCCAAGUCUAUGAAGGAGAAAGAACCAGGACCAGGGACAACAACUUGUUGGGUAAAUUUGAGCUCUCUGGCAUUCCUCCAGCCCCUAGAGGUGUCCCUCAGAUUACUGUGUGCUUUGACAUUGAUGCCAAUGGUAUCUUGAACGUCUCUGCUGAGGACAAAACCACAGGGCAGAAGAACAAGAUUACCAUUACGAACGACAAGGGUAGACUCUCAAAGGAAGAGAUUGAGAAGAUGGUUCAAGAGGCAGAGAAGUACAAGUCUGAAGACGAAGAGCACAAAAAGAAGGUUGAGGCAAAGAACGCUUUAGAGAACUAUGCCUACAACAUGAGAAAUACCGUAAGAGAUGAAAAGAUCAGCUCUAAGCUUGGAGAAGACGACAAGAAGAAGAUUGACGAAGCCAUUGACAAUGCAAUCCAAUGGCUCGACAGCAACCAACUUGCUGAGGCUGAUGAGUUUGAAGACAAGAUGAAGGAGCUCGAGAGUAUCUGCAACCCCAUCAUUGCAAAGAUGUACCAGGGUGCGGGAGGUGAGGCUGGUGUUCCCAUGGAUGAUGAAGUACCCCCUGCUGCAUCUGGCCCUGGUCCCAAGAUCGAGGAAGUCGAUUAAGUUUCUGUAUGUCCAUUUCCGGAAGGUUUUUCUGGGAUUCUUGAUUUUUGUUUUACUAUUAAGCAUUUAAAACUACUUUCUAUUUAGAAUUGUAACACAAUGCAGCCAUGUUUGUUUUUAUGAUGAGCGUUGUGCUGCAUUAUCCCCGAUGGAUUGAUUAAUAUGAAGACAGAUUUUUGUA